AUAUAAACAACUUUGUUGUUAAUAACAUUAUAUCUUAAUACGGCAGAAAAAAAGACGAAAAUGAACGCUUAAAAAAUAAAAAUAAAGCAGCCGAUUGUUCGAAAGAACUAAAGUGAGACAAAGAUAUUAAUGUAUUUGUGAGUGCAGUUACAAAUGCAUCACUGUCCAGAAAAUGCUGAAAUGAAGCAUUACUAAAUUGUCCAAAUGUGGAGGUUUAUUCAAAAUAUGACCAUCAGAAAGUAAAUGGAUAGCAGACUAACCAAAUGGUUAGUUUGAGAAUGUAUCCUGAUAUGCAACAUUGGCCAACGUAGGUUGUUCAUGUCGGCUGACCUUCCAGGGUUGGCACCAAAUAUGCCGCCACCAUGGAUCGACACGCUAAAUCCGGGAUGUUGGCCGCUGGCCUCAUCUCCGGAGUUACCGCUUUCAUCAUCUAUCGACCUCAUCUUCAAAGAGCACUCCGUCGUUUAACUAUGUGGCUGAUGGAAACUUCAACAAAGCCCAUAGGACAAAACAUGGACGAACACAUCACUUCACCACAAACUGAUUUACCAUACCGAAAACAAAACGUUAGCGAAAACAUCGCAUCACCACAAACUACUUUACCAAAUCUAAACCAGUCUUCUACAAAUAAUUCCGAAAGCUCCGACAGCAUCAGCGAAACAGAUGAAUCAACAUCUUCAAGCGACGAAGAGGUAGUCCUAUCUAAUAAGAUAAGCCUAAAAUCCUCAGUCUUUCCCGGUGAUUUACCAGACGAAGGGAAGGAACUUCUUAAAAACUUAGAAAACUAUAGUAUUUUUACUGAGACUGUUAACUACAAACCUAAGUCAGACCGUAACAGCUCUGAUCAAACUGUGUAUUGCAAGAACUUGUUUCUAAAAGAUAGAAAAGGCAAAUUCUACUUCUUUAUUUGUCGAGAGGAAAGCAACGUGCUUCUUCGACAACUUAAAUACAAACUUAAAGCUCACAGGAACUUUUCCUUUGCAUCACAAGUAGAAGUUGAGGAAAACUUGCAUGUGUUGCCCGGAUGUAUAACACCAUUUGUAUUUCUAUCUGAGACCGUCUCGAGAGAUAUUCCCGUGGCAAUUGCACGUGACUUGAUUCUUGAGAAACGACUUAACUUUCACCCUUUACAUGCUGACUUUGCAACAAGAAUUUCUUUCGGACAUCUGCUAAAAUUGUUUGGCCAUCUUAAAAGAAAGUUGAUAAUCAUAGAUGUAUGAAUAAAAAUGCUUCUUAAAAUGU